AUGGGUAUUUUGAGGCAAAUACAGACAUCUAUAAAGAAAAUUAUAAUAGGCCAUGUGAAUGUAGUAAAAAGUAAAGGCCAUGUGAAUGUUGUAAAAAGUAAAGGCCAUGUGGAUGUUGUAAAGGGUAAAGGCCAUGUGGAUGUUGUAAAGCGUAAAGGCCAUGUGGAUGUUGUAAAGGGUAAAGGCCAUGUGGAUGUUGUAAAGGGUAAAGGCCAUGUGGAUGUUGUAAAGGGUAAAGGCCAUGUGGAUGUUGUAAAGCGUAAAGGCCAUGUGGAUGUUGUAAAGCGUAAAGGCCAUGUGGAUGUUGUAAAGGGUAAAGGCCAUGUGGAUGUUGUAAAGGGUAAAGGCCAUGUGAAUGUUGUAAAAAGUAAAGGCCAUGUGGAUGUUGUAAAGGGUAAAGGCCAUGUGGAUGUUGUAAAGGGUAAAAGCCAUGUGGAUGUUGGUAAAGGCCAUGUGGAUGUUGUAAAAAGUAAAGGCCAUGUGGAUGUUGUAAAAAGUAAAGGACAUGUGAAUGUUGUAAAGGGUAAAGGCCAUGUGGAUGUUGUAAAUGGUAAAGGCCAUGUGGAUGUUGUAAAUGGUAACGGCCAUGCGAAUGUUGUAAAGGGUAAAGGCCAUGUGGAUGUUGUAAAGGGUAAAGGCCAUGUGAAUGUUGUAAAGGGUAAAGGCCAUGUGGAUGUUGUAAAGGGUAAAGGCCAUGUGGAUGUUGUAAAGGGAAAAGGACAUGUGGAUGUUGUAAAGGGUAAAGGCCAUGUGAAUGUUGUAAAGGUUAAAGGCCAUGUGGAUGUUGUAAAAAGUAAAGGCCAUGUGGAUGUUGUAAAGGGUAAAGGCCAUGUGGAUGUUGUAAAGGGUAAAAGGCCAUGUGGAUGUUGUAAAGGUCAUGUGGAUGUUGUAAAGGGUAAAGGUCAUGUGGAUGUUGUAAAGGGUAAAGGCCAUGUGGAUGUUGUAAAGGUUAAAGGCCAUGUGGAUGUUGUAAAAAGUAAAGGCCAUGUGGAUGUUGUAAAGGGUAAAGGCCAUGUGGAUGUUGUAAAGGGUAAAAGCCAUGUGGAUGUUGUAAAGGGAAAAGGACAUGUGGAUGUUGUAAAUGGUAAAGGCCAUGUGGAUGUUGUUAAAGG